AUGAGCAGCAAAUCCCUGGAUCUGACUACCACCCCCUGCGAGCGAUGUAAGCAGGUCUCGCAGGAGAAUGAAGUUAUGAUUGCCUGUGACAACUGCGAUAGUUGGUUUCACCUACGCUGUGUGGGCCUAACUACGGUGCCGAAAAAGGACAAGAAGUGGUUCUGUCCGGAUGAUUCAUGUCAAACGGUUCACCAGGAGAAGCUGAAGAAGAACCGUGAUAAGAAGAAUCCUACGUCCGUCCCUCCAACCGUUGCCGAGAAGCUGAAAGCUAUGGAAGCGGAAAGAAAACGUAAGGAGGAGGAAAUGGAAGCCGAGUGGUUAAUCAAACAGAAAGAGUUUGAAAUCAGUAAUGCUCUGAAGGAAAAGCAAAUGCGUCUAGAGCGGAACCUACGCGAACAGCAGCUAAAAGCUGCCAGAGAGUUGCGCGAAAAGGAAAUGGAUGAAAAACGGACUCUGUUUGAAACGGAACUGCGGGAAAAACAGCAGCACUUCGAGCAAAUGAAGGUGAUGGAAGCCGAGCAACGCGAGAAGAUGUCCAAACUGGAAAAGCAGAUGGCGAUGGUAGACGUCAAGGAAAAGCCGACUAAGAAUAAGAAGAAUUCCGAAUCCCAGGACGUCCAACCGAGUACUUCUAAGCAGUCUCCGAAAGAACAAAAACCGGUUCAGCUGACGAAGGAGAAUCUCGAUCGCCUCGGGAAGAACAACGACAGCGAAGAAGAAGAAGAAGACGAGAGCUCCGAUGAUGGUGCCGAUACCAGCGACGACGGAGUUGAUGACGACGACCAGAAAAGCCACAUUAGCUUCCAAAACGGGCAGGGGCACCAGCGUGUCGGGCCAAGUAAAGCCCAAUUAAGUGCCAGGAAUGGGCUUACGCGGAAACUUCCCAUUUUUACGGGAAAACCAGAAGAGUGGCCUCUGUUCUUUGGAGCCUACCAAGCUUCUAAUGAAGCGUGCGGCUAUUCAGACGUAGAGAACUUGGUGCGUCUGCAAGAAAGCCUAAAAGGUGCGGCGCUAGAGUCAGUUCGUGGGCAACUUCUCCUUCCCAAAUCGGUUCCUAGGGUCAUCACGAAGCUUCGACAACUUUACGGUCGACCCGAGCAGCUGCUGCAAAGCCAUCUCGAGAGGGUUCGGAAGCUGGAUGCCCCGAGAGCCGACCGGUUGGCCAGUUUCAUACCUUUCGGAAAUGCGGUGGAACAGCUCUGCGAGCAUUUAGAAGCUGCCGAGCUCACUCUUCACCUCGUGAAUCCAAUCCUGAUACAGGAUUUGGUAAAUAAACUUCCGGACGGAGAAAAGCGACAGUGGUUGCACUACAAACGGAAGAAGAAGGAAACGACUCUGCGAACGUUCACGGAUUUCAUCUCGAAGAUCGUGUUCGACGCAUGUGAGGUGAACGUCAACUACGAAUACAAGCCAGACACUAAAGCAACAGCUGGGACGAGCGGAAAACUUAAGCAGAAGGAGAAAGCAGCUCUGUACAGCCACAGUGAGGCUAGCGGAUCUAAUGGACGAAACGAUCGGAAGAAGCAGAAGCCGUGUAGAGCGUGCCAACGAGACGACCAUCGGCUAAGAUUCUGUCAGGACUUCAAAAACUUAUCCUUUGCAGACAGAAUGAAGAUAGUCACCAAAUGGAAACUUUGCACGGUUUGCCUGAACGAGCACAGUGGGCAAUGCCGUUUCAAGAUUCGGUGCGACGUAGAUGAUUGCAGAGAAUUGCACAAUCCGCUGAUCCAUCCGGCCACAACGGCAGUUGGCAUGCACGCGCACAUCAAGCCCAGCGGUACAAUGAUGUUCCGGAUGAUUCCAGUUAUGAUUCACUGCGGAGAAAAAUCGCUGGCUGUGCUUGCAUUCCUAGACGAAGGAGCUUCCAUCACGCUGAUAGAGACCGAGUUGGCUGAUCGUCUGGGGCUAAACGGAGUGAAAGAAAAGCUAGUUCUCAACUGGACUGCGGACGUUUACCGAGUCGAGAAGAACUCCAGGCGAAUGAAUCUGUGGACUUCCGCUGUAGAUAAAGAGAAUCCAGAGAAGACUUUGCUGAGAUCGGUGUAUACAGUCGACAAGCUAAGACUACCGCACCAGACGCUCAAGGCUGAUGAACUGUCGGCGCAGUACGAUCACAUGCGGGGAUUGCCGAUCAGUUCGUAUGAUGGUCGACCUGGAAUUCUAAUUGGGCUAAGCAACAUUCACGCCUUUGCUCCUCUGGAAGCGAAGAUAGGCACUACGAGCGAGCCAAUUGCAGUACGGUGUCAACUCGGCUGGACGGUGUACGGGCCGCGACGAGCAUCUCCUGAAUCGCAGGGCAACUAUCUAGGCUACCACCAACAGGUAUCCAACGAAGGUCUUCACGAUCUCCUCAAGAACCAUUACGCACUCGAAGAAUCCGUGGUACGAGUGCACCAGGAAUCGGCUGAGGAUAAGAGGGCUCGGUCGAUCCUAGAGCAGACUACGAAACGCGUAGGGGACCAUUUCGAGACGGGGCUCCUCUGGAUCCAGGACGACGUGAGCUUCCCGGACAGCUACCCUAUGGCGUUGAAGCAGCUCAAGCAGUUGGAGAGAAAGCUGGAAAGGUCGCCGGAAUUGUAUCAAAACGUUCGAAAGCAGAUCGAAGAAUAUCAAACCAAAGAAUAUGCCCAUGAAGCCACCGAAGAAGAGCUGCGUAUUGCGGAUCCCAAAAAGGUGUGGUAUCUCCCGCUGAAUGUGGUGCUGAAUCCGAAGAAGCCUGACAAAGUUCGACUCAUCUGGGACGCUGCGGCGAUGGUCCAAGGAAUCUCCCUCAACUCCAUGCUGCUGAAGGGGCCGGACCUACUAGUGCCGCUGGUGUCAGUGCUUCUCAACUUCCGGGAGCGACGGAUUGCUUUCGGUGGAGACAUCCGCGAGAUGUACCAUCAAAUGAAGAUGAUCGCCAAGGACAAAUCCGCCCAACGGUUCCUGUUCCGAAACAACAGCGCAGAAAAGCCGAAAGUGUACGUGAUGGACGUCGCCACGUUUGGGUCGACGUGCUCGCCUGCAUCAGCACAGUACGUCAAGAACCGGAAUGCGGAGGAGCAUGCCGGUCAAUUCCCGGAAGCAGCGAUGGCCAUCAUCAAAAGGCACUAUGUCGAUGACUACUUCGACAGUGUCGACACGAUUGAGGAAGCGGUAGAACGAGCGAAACAGGUGAGGUUUAUCCAUAAGCGAGCCGGGUUUGACAUUCGAAACUGGGUGUCGAAUUCGCUGGAAGUUCUGACAGCGUUAGGGGACGCCAAACCUGGGGGAGCAGUUGUUUUCAACCAAGAUAAGCAGAAGUCCAACGAACGGGUUCUUGGGGUAAUCUGGGAGCAAGAAAAUGACGCCUUUGCCUUUUCUGCGACUCCCCGGCCGGAAAUGCAAGCCUAUUUGUGCGGUGAAAAGCGGCCUACAAAGCGAAACGUUCUAAGCUGUGUUAUGGGGUUUUUCGAUCCAUUGUGGCUACUGUCCCCAUUUACGAUUCAUGGCAAAAUGCUCGUCCAACAUCUCUGGCGAAGUGGCUGCGAAUGGGAUCACCAAAUCGAUGAACGCGGUUGGAACCAGUGGCAGCAGUGGAUUGGAUUGCUUCCAAAAGUCGAGGAAUUACGAAUUCCACGAUGUUAUCUGGGUGAUGCUGAAUCUUCGUCGGUAGAGUCCCUCGAGCUGCACAUCUUUACGGAUGCGAGCGAGCACGCUUAUGGCUGCGUGGCAUACCUAAGGUCGGUCGUCAAUGGAGAAGUGAACUGUAAUCUGGUCAUGUCUCGCGCAAAAGUAGCGCCGCUAAAGCGUCAGUCGAUUCCCAGAUUGGAACUGAUGGCUGCCGUCCUCGGCGCUCGAUUGAGCCGAACCUUUUUGGAAACGACUACGUUGUGUAUUGAUUGCACCACUCUGUGGAUCGACUCCCGAACUGUACUGUCGUGGCUACAGUCAGAUCAAUAUAAAUAUAAGCAGUUCGUUGCAUUUAGAGUUGGUGAGAUUCUGGAACUAACCAACAUGAGAGACUGGCGAUGGGUACCGACCAAGCAGAACGUCGCGGAUGUUCUCACCAAGUGGGGUCGAGGACCUCCAUUGCAGAACGAGUCGGAUUGGGUGAAUGGUCCAACGAUGCUGUAUCAACCGCGCAAUCAGUGGCCGGUAAUUGAACCAAGCGAAGAUACCAGCGAGGACGUGAGAGGUCUAAUGAUGUUCCAUGAAGUGGUCGAUGUGAGCGCUGUUUCAGGUUGGACGAAAUUGGUACGGGUGACCGCAACGGUGGUACGAUUCAUCUUUAACUGUCGCCGUAAAAUAGCCGGCGAGCCAAUCGUGACUUCGCAGGCUACGAAGCAUCAUCGUCCGCUAAUCAGAGCAAAACAACCAGCAAUUCAGCAACCCCUUCAACAAGAAGAACUUCGGCAUGCGGAAACCAUUCUCUGGAAACAGUCGCAAUUCGCCAGUUUUCCGGAGGAGAUGAGCAUCCUCACAGCGAAUCUCGAGCUAGAAACGGGACAACCACCGAAGAGAAUCGAGAGGUCCAGCGUUUUGUACAAACGUUCUCCAAUUCUGGACGCGGAAGGUGUGCUGCGAGUACGAGGAAGAAUGGAGACCAAUGAAACGAUCCCGUUCGACAAGAAAUUCCCGAUCAUCCUAUCGGGGAGACACGAGAUAACCCAAAAACUGAUCCUGCAUUACCACGAGAAGUUCGGGCAUGCUUACAGGGAGACCGUGUUCAACGAACUUCGUCAGAAGUUUUGGAUCCAGAACGCACGUACAGCAAUUCGACGAGCAACCGAGACUUGCGUGUGGUGCAAGGUAAAUCGAUGUGUUCCGGCUGCUCCCAUGAUGGGACCGUUACCCGUCCAUCGUACCACUCUUCACCUACGGCCUUUCAGUGCGGUAGGAGUCGACUAUCUAGGACCAGUUGAGGUAAUCAUAGGUCGCAGAACGGAGAAAAGAUGGGUGGUGGUCUUCACAUGUAUGGCUGUGAGGGCCGUGCAUUUGGACGUGGUUUACAGUCUGAGCACGGAGUCCUGCCUGAUGGCCAUCAAACGGUUCUCGAGCAAGCGAGGCAUUCCCGACCACAUCUUUUCCGACAACGCCACGUGUUUCCACGGAGCGAACACCGUAAUGAAGAAGGAAAUUGAGAAGAUACAUAAAGAGUGUGCGGAAAGAGUCACUUCGUCCACCACAGCGUGGCAUUUCAACCCUCCCAGUACACCACACAUGGGCGGUGUCUGGGAGCGAAUGGUACGGUCGAUCAAAGAGGCACUGCGGGUCCUGGACGACGGGCGGAAGCUGACCGAUGAGAUUCUCAUCACGGCUUUGGCAGAAGCUGAGGAUAUGAUUAAUACCCGACCAUUAACUUACAUUCCACAGGAGUCCGCUGAUGAAGAAGCUAUAUCACCGAAUCACUUCAUAAGAGGAACGGUGACCAAGGAAGAUGCAGUUUUGGACAACCCAGAUCAAUACUAUGAAACCCUGCGCAACAUGUAUCAACGGUCGCGGUGCCUGGCCAGCAAGUUUUGGGAACGGUGGUCGCAGGAGUACUUGCCCACUCUCAAUCAUCGCCCGAAAUGGUUCGAGGAUAGGAAGCCUCUGGAGGUCGGAGAUCUGGUGUUCAUUGUGGAAGGAAAGAACCGGAAGCAGUGGAGACGAGGACGCGUACAAGAAGUCGUCAAGGGAGCAGAUGGAAGGAUCCGGCAAGCGGAUGUAAGGACGGCUGAUGGCAAAGUGUAUCGACGAGGUGUGGCGAAUCUGGCGGUGAUGGAGAUACAGGAUGGUAAAUCCGGAAGGGCUGGAGGCUCUACCGGAUGUUACGGGCAGGGGACUGUUCACAUCACCGGGUAUUGA